AUGGCUAAGAAGAUCAAAAUAAUCAAGAAAAGGGAUCGCAAAAGGGUCGACCCAUUAGCCAAACAGAAACUAGCAUGGACAACAGGUCAUUCAUUAGUUGUUGUGUGUGGUAUUCUGUUUAGUAUCGCAUAUUUCUUCCAAAUAUUAUUAUUCUUCAAGUAUAGAAAUUGGAAAUGGCUAUUCCUUAGAGAGAACAAAAACUAUACUUUCAUUAAGGGAACAAGAUGGUACCAUACUAUUUUGAGACAUACACCACUUCUGUUAUAUAAGACCUCGUUGAUCGGUGUCUUUGUCAGCUAUGGUGUUACCUUAUUACAGAAUUGGAAGGGAGUGGAUCCAAGUUGGAAUGAUUUGUUGGCAUCUCAAAAUUUUCAGUCUAUCAUGAUAGCUGCAUUGUGGUUUGUAAGUGGCGGUAAAUCAUUUUAUAAGCUAGUUCCUUUCAUGGUUUUGAGCUACCUACAUCUAAUUAAUAUGAAGAAUGAAUUUAAUGGCGUUGAUAACCAUAAAGAAUUUAGUAAGAAGUACAAGUUUCAGUUAAACAUUGUUGCCUACUCUGAGUUAGUCGUAAUGCUGAGACUGUUAAUCGAUGCGCUUGUAAUGAGAACGGGUACUUCUGGCUACAUGUUCGUCAUUUAUCUUGGGAUUUAUUGGCUGAGAUUGAACUACUCUGCUUAUGCACAGGCAUCUGUAGUUCAGAUCAUUAAGCUAGUAGAUCACAAAAUCCCAAAGCAGGCUCAACCAUUGUGGACUGGUUUUAAAAAAUUUUUAAGUCUUAAGAUCUCUGAGUGUAUUGAGAGGAAUAGACAAAUAGAGAAGGAAGAUGCUAUUAUAGCUACAUAA